AACUCUCAUCCUGAAUCUACCAGAAUCUCUCCAUCGAGAAUAUUCAGAAAAAUGAACUUCGUAGUGUUCGGGGUUAUCCUGAUAUGUUGUCAUGCCUGGGCCAUUGAGAUAGACGAUAAUUUUGCAGCUAUACUGUUCGACGGAUUUAAAAUAAAUUUGGAAAAUUUCUUCGAAAAGUUCAAGUCCUCACUGCAAAAUGGAACUAAUGGAUUCAAAAUAUACGGAAUUCCGAUUCAUGAUCCGUUCAUUGCGAACAGACUGCCCAUCAAAUAUAAUUUAUCUACUUUUAUGGGUAACAUAGACCUCGAGGGAUUUCUUGAAAACUUUAACGUGAGUGGUUUGACCUCGUAUAAUGUCAACAGCGCUAAAUUCAAACCAUUUAGUUUAAAUGCCUACAUAGAUGUAAACUGGCCGUGGUUAACGGUCGCGAGUACUAAUUACUCCUUGAAAGGCAACGCCCUUAACUACGAUAUUUAUGGAGAUGGAGAUAUAAAUGGAACCCUGUAUAACUUCAGAACUAUCAUGAAUGUUGAUUUCAACCUGAAGGACCGGCAUAUGCAAGUUCAAACUAUAGCAACAAAGAUUUUCUUGGAAGCAUUGGACUUUAACGUAACGGGCUUAUACAACAAUGAGGACAUGUCCGAGACAUUCAGCAAGACGCUCUCCGAUGUUACACCUAAGCUCAUCGUCGCGAACCAAAAGAUGAUUGAGUAUAUUAUUAAUAACAUUGCCACGCGGAUUUUCAACAAAUUUCUGUCAACUAUAACAUUUCUAGACUUAUUGAAAGCAAUAGGUUAAUAAUACUUUUCUAUCAUGAUGGCGCCACGCUAUCGUUCAAUCAAUCAUUUCUACAACGAUCGAUCCCAGUUGAACGAUA